UGUCUCUUUUCCAAGCUGAAAAGUCUGUCUUAUUUAUUCAUGCUUCUCUCUGAACUAUUGCUUCAGACUGCUGAUGGGCUAAAACAAAGACUCUGCACUGGUUUGCACUUGGGUCACAUUUUGAAGAUGAUCAUUGCAAGCAUAAGAUCCAAAGACUUUUAAAAAAUGUAUAGUUAAAGUACAAAAUAGCAAGUACCAGAAAAGUACCUGGCCCCAGAUCCUCCAAGGUAUUUAGGAGUCUAACACUCAUUGAUUUCAAUGGGAGUUAAGCACCUAAGUAACUUUGAGUAUCUGGGUGCUGUUCACUCUCCUGGUGGAUCUCAGCCCAAUCUAACCCCUGCUUGUAAGAAAAAAAAAAGGAAAUAAACAUACCCAAGAGAUUGUUAGCAAAUGCCCUAAAUUGUUUACAGCUUGGAUACCUCAGAGAAGAGAAUGACAGUGAAGAUCAAUUGAGGAGCUUAAGCCCUCUGCCUUAACUGUGAGAGGAGCUGAGCAUGAACUUGCUUACCCUGUUGGUCUACCAGAGCCAGAGUCACAAAUAGACUUAGGCACCUAAAUGGCACUUAGGCCCCUAAAUCAACAUUUAGAUGCCACUGGUAUUCACAAAACACCUGCUUGGCUGCUGCCUAACCUUGUAGGUGUGUAAACUAACGUCAUGGCUAAAUUUUCACUGUAAAAGUUUCUUAGGCACCUAUGUGUCUGCCUCUGGGCAUGCGCACUGCUGCCUCACAUUGGUUAUCCGCAUGCCAAAGGUGCAGUGCAGCAAUCCAGGGAAAGCUAGGCAUUCCUCCGGUGACCCCACCUGCAGCACCUGAGCUGAUAGGUGUGGUCAGGGCAUGGCUACCCGAUUGGGGCCCAUUCAGAAUCCAUGAGAAGGAAGUGCCCAUUUUAUAACUUUUAUCCCCAGCGAUUAGAGAAUUUACCCAGGCUGUGGGAGAUCCAGAGUCAAUACCCCUCCCCUGCUGUGACACACACAUUGCAAUUGUAUGCAAUAGCUGUGGGAAACAUUUGGUGGUAAACAUAUGAAAGGUUUACGUAACACUGUGGGCCGGGGAUUGUAUGUUACUUCAGGAGGAAGGGUUGCUGCAGUUCCACCAGGAACUAGAAACAGUAUGUGGUAAUUAAAAUGAAUAACCUCCAGAGAGGUACCACUCCCUGGGGAGGCUGGCCUAUACUAGUUCAAGCUGGGUUUUCCAGAGAUCCUUAGACAAAGAAUAAACAGUCUGGGUUUAGAUUAACUUGGAGCCUUUUCUGUGACCCAGCAAAGGGACAGGACCUUUUGUCCAUGUUGGGAUGAUGGGGGAGGGGGUGUGUGAGGGGCAAACCUUGCAGAAGGAUUGGAAAGACUGGCUUGCUAGGGCUCCAUAAGACGGAUGGGUCACUACUGGUAAAUAUGGCUACCGUGCCCCAAAACCUGUUCUUCUUACUCCUCCUGAUUCAACCUGAGUUUGGUUUCUCCACUCGUCAUCAAUGGGUUUCGAAGGACCUACCUUGCAAAAUAAAAGCAAAACAGAACAGCUCCUCGAUUCUCCUUGAUUGUAGUAAACAAAAGCUGAGAGCAGUCCCUCAGGAAAUAUAUACAAAUGUUACUGGCUUGAUUUUGUCUUUCAACUGGAUUGAAGAGAUUUCUAAAGAGGAUUUUCAGAACUUUAAGGACCUUACAUUUUUUAAAUUAAACUGGAAUUGGCAUGUUAAGCCAAAAGAAUCUAAUUUUGAUUUGUCUCCAAAACCUUUACAAAUACUAGAUGCAACUUUUUCAAACUUAAGACAUUUAAAGGAAUUACAUCUUAAUGGCAAUCAGCUAAUCAGAGUGCCUGCAGGGAUUUCACCUAGCAUUACUUCACUAAGUCUAAAGUCCAAUAACAUUGUUACUAUUAGCAAGAACACCUUCAACGAACUCACAAAAUUGAAGGAACUCUAUAUGGACCAGAACUGUUACUAUGGUAAUGUCUGUGAAAAACGGUUCAACAUGGAAGAAGGGGCUUUUUCAGCCCUCACCAGUUUGACUGUGCUGUCACUUUCCUAUAACAACUUGACCCAGGUGCCACCCAAACUGCCUGUGUCACUACAAGAACUUUAUUUGAGUCAUACCAAGAUAAAGAACAUCAGUCAAGAUGAUUUUAAGAAACUGGUUAAUCUAGAAGUUCUUGAUUUAAGUGGGAACUGUCCAAAAUGCUUCAAUACACCUUUUCCAUGUGAACCUUGCACUGGAAACGCCGCCAUUCAAAUACAUCCUCUGGCUUUCCAGAAUCUUAAAAAAUUAAAGACUUUGGUUCUAUCCAGCACGUCACUCACUAGUGUACCCACUAUUUGGUUUAAAAACAUGCCAGAGCUAGAGGUGCUGCACCUUGCAUCUAACUUCUUAAUGACCGAAAUAGCUACUGGAGAAUUCUUACAGAAUUUAUCUUCUUUAGAGGAACUUGACCUAUCUUUCAACUACCAGAAACAAAUAUACUCACGAUAUCUAACCCUCUCACCAUACUUUUCUUCCUUAGUAUCUCUAAAACGAUUAUAUAUUAAAGGAUAUGUCUUCAAAGAAUUAGAUAAACUCCACUUAGAACCUUUGUUUCCUCUGAGAAAGCUAAAUAUCCUGGACCUUGGGUUAAAUUUUAUUAAAAGAGUUGAUAUGUCUGUCUUCCAGGCUUUUAGGAACCUCACCGAAAUAUACUUGAAAGAAAACAAAAUAUUCCCACAAACAACAGAAAGGCCUAGUUUUUUAAAAUCAUUUAAGAAAGAGGAUUAUUUCAUCAAUUAUCAUCGGACCUUGGUGUGGAAACACAAGUUGAACCCUUCUGUCAUAUAUUCUGAUAAAAAAAAGCAAUCACAUUACUUCCUUAAACAGCUUUGUACCUCAUACGGUACAGCCUUGGAUUUGAGUUUAAACAAUAUUUUCUUCAUUAACCCAUAUCAGUUUAAAGGCUUUGGGGAUAUAGCUUGUUUGAAUUUGUCUUCAAAUGCCCUGGGCCAGGCUUUCAAUGGCACUGAAUUAAUCUAUUUACCUAAUCUCAAAUAUUUAGACCUCUCAUAUAAUAAACUGGAUUUGACCAGUUACUCCGCAUUUAAAGAACUACCUAACCUAGAGGUAUUAGACCUUAGCUAUAACAAGCACUAUUUUCUAGUGACAGGUUUUGCACAUCAACUACUAUUUAUUGAAAAUCUUCCUAAUUUAAAAAUUUUAAACUUAAGCUGGAAUGACAUUUCUGCACUAACAAAAUUUGAACUAAGGAGUGACUCCCUUCAAAAACUAGACUUCAAAGGAAACCACCUUGACAACUUAUGGAAAAAUGGAGAAACGAAUCACAUACAAUUGUUUAAGCAUCUAAAAAAGCUGACACAUCUUGACAUCUCAUACAACAGACUUCGAAAUAUCCCCACUAAGGCUUUCCAAAAUCUGCCUCAGAAAUUAACUAAAUUGUAUAUAAAUAACAACAAACUACAUACCCUCAGCUGGGAAAAUCUUAGAUACUUUAAAUCUCUGAAGUUGCUUGACUUAAGUCAGAACAAACUGAAGGCUGUUGAUAUCCAGUACAACUAUACAAAGUCUCUCCAGACUCUGCUGCUGCGGGAGAACAAGAUUUCCAGGAUUGUCGUUGGGUUGUCUGAGAGAGGCAGCAGCCUCCUGUACCUGGAUUUGAGUUACAACCAACUGCAAGUCUUAAAUGAGUCAACUUUCUUAUCAGGACUUGUACAACAUUUGAAGGUUUUAAAAUUAAAAGGGAACCCGUUUGAUUGCACCUGCAAAAACAAUAUCUUCAUAAGGUGGAUUCAGAAAACCAAAACUCCAAUCUCACAAGUAGCAAGAAAUGUCAUUUGCAUGAACCCUGAGGACCAAAGACAGCACAGCAUUCUCUUGAUUGACCUGCAUGCUUGCAUUCUGGAUAGUGUUGCAGCAAUAUUAUUUUAUAUUUCUUUCUUCACUAUUAUUAGCAUUAUGAUAAUAGCAGUUACUAAACAUUUAUUUUAUUGGGAUGUGUGGUAUACUUAUCGUUCUUGUAUGGCAAAAAUAAGAGGAUACAAGAAUAUAGCCACAGACAAAGCUCUCUAUGAUGCUUACAUAGCCUAUGAUACUCAGGAUGCGACAGUAACUGACUGGGUAAUAAAUGAGCUACGAUUUCAUCUAGAAGAAAAUGGAGACAAGCACGUUCUGCUUUGUUUGGAGGAAAGGGACUGGGAGCCAGGAAAGGCUGUCAUUGACAACCUUGCACAGAGCAUCCAUCACAGCAGAAAGACAAUAUUUGUUCUAACCAAAAGAUAUGUGAAAAACGGGAACUUUAAAACUGCUUUUUAUAUCGCUCUGCAGAGACUAAUGGAUGAGAAUACAGAUGUAAUUGUGCUUAUUCUACUGGAGCCGGUGCUACAGCAUUCCCAGUACCUGAGGCUGAGAAGGAGGAUCUGCAAGAGCUCUGUUCUUGACUGGCCUAAGAAUCCGCACGCUGAAGGCCUUUUCUGGCAAAGACUAAAAAGUGCAGUGCUAACUGAUAACAGUAUUCGAGAAGAUGGGAUGUACAAUAUAUAGAAAGGGAUUACAACAGCUAGCUUUAGUUCUCAAAAAGUAACUUGUGAUUUUCAGUGUCUCAGUAUUUGGGUGCCAAAUUUUAAAUGCAUUAAAAAGAGUCCUAAUUUGGGGAGGGGGGUUGUUCAGCAUUUUCUGAAAAUCAGGCUGCUCUAUGUUAUCUCUUGCUGGACAACCAACAUCACUGGUCACCUUUGAAAACUUUGGGUGGUUUUCUUAAAGUUUUAUGGGGUGUACUCUAUGGUAAGUACUUACAGUUUAAUGUACCUGUUAUACUGCUAUAUUGUACUGAAGAGAGUCUGCUUUACAAGGUUAAAGUAAAAUAGCUAAAAUAAAAUCAUAGAGACAGAAUUAAUAACAUGCACAAACUUGCUGCAUAUAAACAAUAUUUUUUUCUUUCUCUUCCUGUGCUACAUUUUUCUGUAGUGGACGAAAGUUUAUUCUCUAACAAGGCAAAGUUUGCUUAGCUAUUCACU